AUGGCAAUGCCAAACGGAUGCUUCCAAAUCGGUGCCAAAUUCUGGGAGGUGGUCUCCGACGAACACGGUAUCGCUACUGAUGGGAAAUACAAGGGUACCACCGAUCUCAACUUUGUGUUUGGACAGUCCGGUGCCGGUAACAACUGGGCCAAGGGACAUUACACUCAGGGUGCCAAAUUAGUCGACUCAGUGCUAGACGUCGUCCGCAAGGAAGCCGAGGGAUGCGACUGCCUCCAAGGUUUUCAGAUCACCCACUCCCUUGGUGGUGGAACCGGUGCUGGAAUGGGAACCUUGCUGAUCUCCAAAAUCCGAGAAGAAUUCCCCGACCGUAUGAUGGCCACCUUCUCCGUCGUCCCCUCGCCCAAGGUCUCUGAUACCGUCGUUGAGCCCUACAACGCGACCUUGUCGGUCCACCAACUGGUCGAAAACUCUGACGAGACCUUCUGUAUCAACAACGAGGCCCUCUACGACAUCUGUUUCCGCACCCUGAAGUUGGCCACACCCACCUACGGUGACCUCAACCACUUGGUCUCGAUCGUCAUGAGUGGUAUCACCACCUGUCUCCGAUUCCCCGGUCAGCUGAACUCCGACUUGCGUAAACUGGCCGUCAACAUGGUCCCCUUCCCCCGAUUGCAUUUCUUCAUGGUCGGAUUUGCUCCACUUACCGCCCGUGGGAGCCAGCAGUACCGUGCCAUCACCGUGCCUGAGUUGACCUCGCAUAUGUUCGAUGCCAAGAACAUGAUGGCUGCCUCAGACCCGAGACACGGCCGAUACUUGACUGUCGCCGCCUACUUCCGUGGUAAGGUUUCGAUGAAAGAAGUCGAAGAAAACAUGCUGUCAGUCCAAAGCAAGAACUCGAACUACUUUGUUGAGUGGAUUCCAAACAACGUCCAAACCGCUCAUUGUGACAUCGCACCUUGUGCACACAAGAUGUCUGUGACAUUUAUCGGUAACUCGACUGCCAUCCAAGAUUUGUUCAAGCGGGUGGCCAAUCAAUUCACGGCCAUGUUCAGACGUAAAGCUUUCCUGCAUUGGUACACUGGAGAAGGAAUGGACGAGAUGGAAUUCACGGAAGCAGAAUCCAACAUGCAGGAUCUGGUUGCUGAGUACCAGCAGUUCGGAAAUCUUGACCUUCCCGCAGCGGCAGAGCAGGUAGGGCUCCCUAGCUUGACGAGGGCUCAGGAAGUCACGGGCGGAAUAUUGAUGGAAAAAAGAUUGGUGUGUCAGUUUGCCAAGGACCACUCCGACUGGGCCGACUACCCAGUACAGACAAGGCGCGAAAGCAGUUACAAAAUGGUACAAGUACAAGAUCCAUGA